UCAGCAGUGGAUCUUUGAAUAUUUCCGGAAAGCCUUAUAAUUUACAAACAACAGAACAACUCGAAAUUUUGAAUAACUGAUCAUUCGUUUGCAUAUUGCGCACAAUCUGUCAUGGUCAUAUUGCUUAUAACAAUAAUUCGAUUUUAAUAGAAAGUUCUUAAUGAAUGCAAAAUAGUAGAUGGCAGUGUAUAAAUAGAGGAAUCCGACAACAGCAAUCCACUUCGAGAAGAUAUUGUCUUUACUACACAUUGUUUGGAAACAUAAACCACAGGUUUGCAACAUGAAGCUAGUCAUUGCCCUUGUUCUUGUUGCAAUUUUUGCAAUCGAGGAGAGUGACGCUCGAUACGUGAGUAGAAGAGCCUACAAUAUUAAAGUUCGACAAGCCGCGUACUGGAGAAGACGUUACAUCGCACUCGCUAGAAGUUACAAUGCACUCGAAUCUAAAUGCAGAACUGUUAGUUACGGCAAGUACAUCAAACUUCUGACGCACUACCGCAGACUGUUGGCGUUCGUGAACCGCAUGCGUGCUGCAUCUACCAAUAUGCACAACGUUCACAGCCGUAUUGCCCGUGGAGAUGAAGACAUGCCAGAAAUGGAGCCUGUCGAGGACUCAGAAGACGUGAAUGAACUCCUGGAUUUGCUUCCUGAAUUCAACGAAGACGCCGAAGACCUCCCUGCCUUGACCGAAGAAGUUGAACAAGAUGAAGAAAUGGAGAAAUCCGAAGACUAAACGAUUUUUCCAGUCAAGAACAGAUCACAGAAAAUUUGCAAUCGGAAGUCCAAUACUUUUAUGUUGCUUAUUUGUUUAUUGUCAAAUUAUUGCAAAAAAAAAGCAGAUCCAUCUUUUGAUGAAGUUUAUCAUAUAACCAUGAUCGAAUUCAAAUAAAAUUGAUUAUUUGAUGGAA